AUGACUUAUUUACAAGUUUUGUCUUCCUAUAGAAAUCUUUUACGAGCAAUAAAUGUUACUUUUAAAGAUGACUUGCAACUUUUAGAGGCUUCUAAAAAGCAAAUUCGCAAUACAUUUUACCAUGAUAAAGAGAAAAAUUUAAAUGAAGAAGAAAUUCAAAAAAAAGUGAAGCAUGCAAAUGAUAUUGCAUCUAUCCUUAGGAAGAACAUUGUUCAAGGACGCCUGAAUUCCUCUGGUCAUUAUUCUUUAAGAAUUCAUGAUGAUACAGAACGUUCCAGUUCCAAAAUAAAAGAAAAACAAAAAUAA